GGUCGCCCGGCGUCUCCCUCCCGGUCUUUCUUCCCUCAAGUCGCCGCCCACUCGGCACUCGGCGACGGAACGGAUGCCGUCUACGUCCUAGCAGCUCACUUUCCAGUGGGAUAUCGGGAAUGUAGGCACACUCUGGCAGGAGUCCAGUGAUAGAAUUCUGUCUGUGACCCAUCCAGCCUGCAGACCACCUUCUCCAUCAAAUCUUCAAUGUUUAGGUGUUUACAUAUGUACUUGAGAGUCUCCACAUUACAUGGAGUGAGUUUUCUUGCGUCUAUGUGGAACACAUAUCCCUAUGAGAAGCUGAGCCCAUAAGCCUCAUCACAGUGCACCAUCCUUGAGGCAGUGAGGACUUCUGCUCAUCAGAAAGGAGUGUCUGCGGUAGGAGACUGUGGACCAGGCUUGUGCCACACAGAGAGUGGAGCUCUAUUAGAGAGUAAAAAGGAUACGUGAUCAGAUCCUGCGUUGUUUAAGGGCUCAUUUAGAAGAGAUCAUUUAAAGAAAUUUUUAAAAAACAAGAAAACUUUGUGUACAGAAUCUCAAAGGAUAUAUCUUUUAGGAAAACUUGUAGAAAAUACAGAUGUUUUAGUCAGUUUCCUAAAAACUUAUUUGAGCAAAGCCUUAGGACUCCCCAUGGAGGUAGGCAGGAGCACUAUUAGAGACUUUCCCCCCUCCCCUGGUAACAGAACUUGUGUAAAAUUGCUGAAAGAAGCCAAACCAUUUGUGUCCCAGGGGCUGAGAGCAAACUACAGUCAGGUGAGUUGGGUGGACUGGACGGGGAGGCAGGCUAGUGGAUUUCUGAAGACGAUGGCAGGUCUAAAGGUCCUACUUGUAAGGCCAGUGAGAAAGCAGGGAAGAAGUUAAAGCUGGAGAGUGUUAGGAAUGAAAUUUGUGCUUGUAAGUGAUAUUAGCCCCACCCAGCAGCCUCUGGAGAGGGGAGUGGUUGCUGGAGGUUGAGCUCUAGAAUCACUCUUGAACACUGGAGACCAACCUCCAGGCUGGUGAGAGCUUCCAUCUGCUGGAGGGUACUCCUGCCCACCUCCAUGGGGACUGAUGGAUCCUGCCCUGGGGACCCUUCUGGACCUCACCCCGUGUACCUCUUCAUCUGACUGUUCAUCCUUGUAAUAAACCAGUAAAACUGAGUAAAGUGUUUUCCUAAAUUCUAGGAGUCAUUCUAGAAAAUUGCCAAGCCUAAUUUGAGGGAUUGUGGGAACCCUUGAAUCCACAAUGCUCUCGGCAGAAAAUGUGGGCAGUCUGGGCACUACAUUUAUGGUUGGCAUCUGAAGUAGAGGAAGUCUCUUGGGGCUAAGACUUUGAACUUGUGGGAUCUGAUGCUGACUCCAGGAAGAUGGUGUCAGAAUGAACUGAAUCCUUGGACACCCAGGCAAUGUCAGAACAUUAGUUGUUGGGGUGAAGAAAACUAUUUAUACAAAUUUUUAGAUUUUGAGAAAUCCAUGACUGUUGUCUGUCACAGGGUGUUGGUCGGUAAGUGGGUGGACGAAAUGGAUGUAUAAGGGAGGUAAGAAGGCAGAACUAACAAAAUAUGCUUUUUUGUCUCAGAUGUUAUUGAGCACGAGCCAUGUAACCAGGCAUUGGGAUAGGUCCCGUGUAUGCAGUUGGAAUAAAGUUCCUUUUUUUUUUUUUUUUUUUUUUUUGGUCCUGCAUGCAUGCAGAAAAGAGUGCAUGGGGAUUGAGGUGGGCAGUAAAAGGGAUGGAAUUAGGGGCUGAUAGACUUUAAGUGGUGUCAGUGGAUGAGCUGGAAAGGGAGAGGCUCUGAUUGCUGGAGGGAUCUCCGAUUCUUCAUCUGACAGGGCAUUCCUGGUAAGACCUGGCAGGGGGCUAUACCACUUAAGAGGACCAUGUUUAGAAAUCUGAGUUUGGGAAACAGAACACAACUGAAAUCCUAGCUGUAUCAUUCCUUAGCCAUGUACUUUCCUCAUCUUGCUAAAGUUUCCUGAAACUGUGUCAUGUGUCCAUGUCAUUCUGGGCUGCAAUAAUAAAAUACCACACAUUGGUGGCUUAAACAACCGACAUUUGUUUUUCACAGUUCUGGAGCCUGGGAACUCCCAAGACCAAGGUGUCAGCAGAUUCAGUAUCCUUGAUGUGCCUGCCUUCUCACUGGGUCCUAACUUGGUAGAGAGAGAGAGAGCUGUGGUGUGUUCCUCUAAGAAUUACUCCAGUCCCUUCAUCGGGGACCUCCUCUCAAGACCUCAUCUAAACCUAAUUACCUCUCAAAACGCCCCACCUCCAGCUUUUCCUGCAUACGGUUUGCACUCUCUGUGAGUGGAAAUCCGGAGGAAGAGACGUGGUGGCCGAACUCUUGAUGAUGCAACUGCAGAAAAAGCAGGAUUACCAUACGGAGGAAUGAUGCAGUCAUCAUUGUUGUUAAGAAUGGAGAGCUCACUGCAGGAGAGAUCACUGUGGGGCCAUCCUUCGGACGAGCCAUCUCAGGAGCCCCUAACCGGACCGCAGGACCUGUCUGCCCUGAUACCUUAUAAAGAACAAGAAUCUGUGACCUACAAAGAUGUAGCUGUAGACUUUACCCAGGAAGAGUGGGCCCUGAUGGACACAUCCCAGAGAAUGCUGUACAGAGAUGUGACGCUGGAAAACAUUAGUCAUCUGGUCUCUGUGGGGUGUCAUUUCUUCAGAUCAGAUGUGAUCUCCCCGUGGGAGCAAAGAGGGGAGCAGUGGAGGGAAGAAAGAGGACCUCCCCAAGGCUGGAGUCCAGGCAUGAAAAAAAGCCAUAACAAGCAAGAAAUAAUAUCUAUGCAAGAUAUCUACAUGAAGGACCCACCAAACUGCUGGACAAUACAGAAACGUCAUGCAGGAGAAGACCUCUCUGUAUAUAGUGGGUAUGAAGUUUUCAUUCACACCUACACACUUACGCAACAUAUCUUAACUGACACUGGACACAAACCCUAUAAGUGUAAUGAAUGUGGAAAACACUUCACCCGAAACGCCAACCUUCAUACCCACAAAAUAAGUCACACAGGAGAGAAUCCAUUUGUUUGUAAUCAGUGUGGGAGGCGCUUCAGGUAUUUUUCAUCUUUAACUAGACAUAAGCGAAUUCAUACUGGAGAGAAGCCUUAUGAAUGUCAUCUAUGUGGGAAAGCCUUUGUUCGUAGUUCCCUUAAACAACAUCAGAGAACACACACUGGAGAGAAACCAUAUACAUGUCCUCUAUGUGGAAAAGGCUUCGUUACAAGGUCUAAUCUUCGAGAACAUGAGAGAACUCACAGUGGAGAGAAACCAUAUACAUGUCAUCAUUGUGGAAAAGCCUUUGUUCAAAGCUCUUGUCUUAGAAAACAUGAGAGAACUCACAGUGGAGAGAAACCAUAUAAAUGUCAUCUAUGUGGAAAAGCCUUUGUUACAAGCUCUAAUCUUCGAGACCACGAGAGGACUCACACUGGCGAGAAACCAUAUAAAUGUCAUCUGUGUGGAAAAGCCUUUGUUCAAAGCUCUUGUCUUAGAAAACAUGAGAAAACUCACACUGGUGAGAAACCAUAUACAUGUCAUCUAUGUGGAAAAUCCUUUGUUCAAAACUCUUAUCUUCGAGAACAUGAGAGAACUCACACUGGAGAGAAACCAUAUAAAUGUCAUCUAUGUGGGAAAGCCUUUGUUCGAAGCUCUUGUCUUAGAAGACAUGAGAGAAUUCACAUUGGAGAGGACCCAUAUACAUGUCAUCUAUGUGGAAAAGCCUUUGUUACAAACUCUGAUCUUAGUAAACACAAGAAAACUCACACUGGACAGAAGCCAUAUACAUGUCGUCUAUGUGGAAAAGCCUUUGAUCAUACCUCUUGUCUUAGAAGACACGAGAAAACUCACAGUGGCGAGAAACCAUAUACAUGUCAUCUAUGUGGAAAAGCCUUUGUUCAAGGCUCUAAUCUUCGAAAACAUGAGAGAACACACUGGCGCUACAGAGCGUGACCUGGGAGAGCUGACUUUGGAAGGAACUCUCUAUUCUGGCUCUCCCAGUUUUCAGCAUCCAACCCGCAGCUCCAGAAGGAGUGUGAUCACUCUGCCACUGCCUCAAAAGGUGCCAUCAUAGGCCACCAAACGAUUGAAGAAAAAUAAUAGUUAAAAAAAAAACUGUUAAUAUUUAUUUAUUUUGGAGAGGGAGAAGGAGAGAGAGCAUGAGCAGGGGAGGGACAAGAGGGGGAGAGAGAAAAUCCAAGCAGGCUCUGCGCUGUCAGUGCAGAGCCCGAUGUGAGGCUCAAACUCACGAACUGAGAUCAUGACCUAAGCCAAAAUCAAGAGUCAGAUGCUCACUCGACUGAGCCACCCAGGCGCCCCUCCAUUACAUGUUUUGAUGAAUGCCCCGCAACGGUGUGUUCGAACUCAACAACUCUGCCACUCACAGCCCCCAUCACUGGUGCACACAGAUUUCCCCAUCUCUGAACCAUUCAGACCCUGGAUUCCAGUUUCACACUGGUCAGGAUCUGGCCUUUCUUUCACCACGGCCCUAACAAGUCUCACAGGCCUGAUGCCACGAUGCUACUUUCCCUUCUCCCAGGCUCCCCAGUGGCCUGUGGGCCUGUAGUGGACUCGCUGGUGCUCCAGGGUUUGAACUGUUGCCAGGCAGACCUUGCUUUUCACCUCCUGCAUGCACUGAUCCCACGGUGAACAAAACGCCCUCGACACACACACGCAAUCUGAUAACAUGUUCUGACAAUCACAUGUAGACCUUCCACCCUGACCACACU